AUGUCUAUUGCCAAAUCUGCCGCUACCAAAUUGGACUGGGCUACCGUUAUCUCGUCUCUCAAACUAACGGGAAAGACCGCCACACAAUUGACCUCAUUCAAGAAGAGAAACGAUGAGGCCCGCAGAAAGCUAUUGGAUCUACAAGCACAACCAAAGACUGUGGAUUUCGAACACUAUCGUUCUGUUCUAAAAAACUCUGAGGUCAUCGACAAGAUUGAGUCUUUCUACAAAUCUUACAAGCCUGUCACAGUUGACAUCAAGAAGCAGGUGUCGACCAUUGAGGCUUUUGAAUCCCAGGCCUUGGACAACGCUAAGGAAACUGAAAAAUUCGUUGCCCAGGAACUAAAGGAUUUGAACGACACUUUGAAGAACAUCGAGUCUGCCAGACCUUUCGAUGAAUUGACCGUUGAAGAACUGGCCAAGAGCAGACCAGACAUUGACGCCAAGGUCGAGGAAAUGGUCAAGAAGGGUAGAUGGGAAGUGCCAGGUUACAAGGAGAAGUUUGGCGAUUUGACUGUUAUGUAA